AUGCUUCCCACCUACGUCCCUGUCCAGAAGGUCGAGGCGAAGAAUGGCAUUGUCUAUGCCUAUCGACGACUUGGCCCCGCCGAGGGUAUCCCUCUCGUGUUGCACAUGCAUGUGAGGGCCUCGAUGGGUUACUGGGAUCCCGUGUUCAUACGCCCUCUUGCUUUGAAGCGCCCGGUCAUUAUGUUCGACCCGCCGGCAGUUGGACAGACCACUGGCGACACCCAACGCACCCCAAUCGACAUAAAUAUCAUGGGAGACGAUCUGAACGCAUUCCUUGAUGCCUUGUCUCUCGAUUACAUUGACUUGCUUGGCUUCUCCAUCGGAAGCAUGGCCUGUCAAAUGGCAACACUAUCAAAGCCAGAUAGAGUGAGGCGCCUGAUCUUAGUCGGCGCUGAUCCCUCCGGACCAACACCAGGGGACCACUUUUGGCCCCGGACCGACCCGAACCUGGAUCGUUUCCUGUCCUUGCAGCGCAGUGCCUCUGAGGCGGACUGGCAGGCCGCUUACACUCUGACUUUCUUUCGCAAUGACGACCAAGGCAGAGCGGCCGCGAACUCUUACUUCAAACGCUUGCGACAGAGUGAGUUCAACGAAAAUGCUGCCGAUGGAGCACUACCAACCUUCAACGACGUGGAAAGCUUCAUGAUACAGUUGGCGUGUAUCAAGAACUGGUGCGCGCCGGGUGGCAAGAACAAACAUUCGUACUACAGACUUCAUGAGCUUACAAUGCCCGUGCUCGUGAUGACGGGCGAUGAUGACUACCUGGUCCCUACACCUCGGAGCUAUGAGCUUCUGGAUGGGAUACCCAACUGCAUGCUAGUCAUUUGGCCUCGUGCCGGACACGCGUCCAUCUGGCAGUAUGCUGAGAAUAACGCAGCCAGGGUCAAUGAGUUCUUGGACAGCAACCCUGACAAUUACGUGGAACCACGCUUGUGA